CGAACUCCCCAAUCCCCCCGACCCGGUGCCCGUUUCCGAUCCUCCGCAGCGGAAUCCCGCGGAACUGCCAUGUUGUCCGCGUUCUGGCGCCAUAUUUCCCGUCUCAGUCUUGGCUGAAGUAUUUGCUUACGAUUGAAAUUGUGAUCGGCGCGAUGGACCCCCCGACUCCGGCCCCGCGGCCGUCCACGCCUCCGCCGCCGCCGCCGCCGCCCGAGCCGCCGGUCGCGCGCCGUCUGUCGGUGCGCAACACGCCGACGCUGCGCAGCGCGCGGCGCGAGCAGCUGGCGGAGGCGCGCGAAGAGACGGAGGCGGCCGCCGAGCCGGCCGAGGCGCCGCCAGAGCACGAGAGCAAGGACGUGAAACCCAGCCCGGCCCGCUCCGCCUGCCGAAAACGCGCCAGAGAUACGACAGAAGACGAUAAAAAGCCAGAAGGCCCGCCGGAGAAAAGCAAAAGGACCUGGGAGAAGUGGUCACCGUCAGAUAAGACGGUAUUCUUUGAAGCUCUGAAUGACUUCGGUAAGAACUUCCAGGCACUGCAGAACUACAUUGCCAAGAAGAAAAUGAAGAACAAGGCUGGUCAAGAUCAAGUCCGCAACCGUGAUCAGAUUCGCUUCUUUUACUACAGGACUCUGAACAAAAUCUCCAAAUACGUCCAGUUUCCUCCAGACGUGAAGCGUUCCAUCCAGGAGAUCUACCUGCUGGUCAACUACGGCGAGCUGCGGAAGCGGAUCGGCAUGUUGAACGAGCGCAGUGGACAGCGCCUGAACGAGCUAGUUUACCGCGGCAGCACCACCGUCCGGCUCCGGGGCAAGACGUACCGCAUCCGCACGCCCGUCUGCCGCGCGCUGAAGAAAAUCAACAGGAUCCAAGACCCGGCUGAGGAGCCGUUCGUCCGUCUGCCGGCUCGUACCCAGCUGGAGCUCACACCGGCCACCAACGAGGCCUGGUACCACGUGCAGUCUCUGUCUCACAACCCGCGACUGCGUGCCACACUGCCGCUCCAGUAUCGGCUCAGAACGCUGGUAUUGGCCCUGGAGAAAAGAUGGAAAACCGAGGCCGACAGAGCUUUGGAGAAGGUGUGUGGUGACGAGCCUGCCCCUGUUCCGGCCCGUCGGCUCGUGCUACGUGCCACAUCCGACUACAAAUUGUCAGCUCAGGUGAUCCGUCCGGCGCCGCCAGCCCCCGUGGUCAACCUGAGCUUCGAGCGCUACCAGGAGCGGAUGAUGCUGCUCUCGGAGCCGCCGGCGCCGCGCACACCCACCCCCCAGCCGCCGCCCGCGCCGGCACCCACCACACCCGACUGUGGCGUCCGACUGAGCUUCGAGAACGUUCUGGAGGAGCUGCAUUCGGUGUCUGAGUCGGCGGGUGCGGGCAGUGCGGGGCCAAAGAAAGUUAGUGAGGAUGCGCCGUCGGCCGGAGCGAAACGAGAGUCCGCCUGUGAUGAGGCAGAGUCUGAGCUGUCACGACAGGAAGAGGUGAAACAAAAGGAGGCAAGGAAGCAGGAGGAAGCGCGACAAAGACAGGAAGAGGCGAAACAGAAGUUGGAGGAGGCGAGACAGAAACAGGAGGACGCUCGCAGGAGGCUGCGUCAGGAGCGGCUCAGGAAGCAGCUGGAGGAGGCGGAGCGGAGGAGGGACGAGGAGGAGCAGCGGGAGGAGCAGGAGCGGUCGCGGCUGGAGGAGGAGAGGAGGGAGGCCGAGAGGACACAGCGCAGUGAGCUGAACACGGGCUGGACGGCGGAGACGGCCGGCACCCGCACAGUCGGCGAGCUCUACAUGAUGGUGAAUCGUCCAGACACCAUCAAACUACAAUAUUUCUGGCUGCCGAAGAACGUCUCCCUCAAACAGCUGAACGCUGAGGGCAAGGAGGAGACGAAAGAGGAGACGAACGGGACGGCACCGACGGCUGAGGUGGUGCCGGCCGAGCCUGCGCCCUUCGGCGAGCCCUCCGACCAGCUGAAGAAGUGGGCGCUACAGGUGGCAGCGGCUCGGGCGCUCACCGAUACCACUGCCGUCGGGGCGGACAGCGAGGCCUCCCGCAAGGUGAAGAUGCUGACGUCGAUGCUGGCUCAGCUGUUAAACGUCGCACGGCUGGCCAAAAUAAAGACGGAAACACGGGGCCGCGUGUUCCCGGCCGGACCCCUGGUCACCACAGGUACCCAGACACCACCCAGCAUGGCGCACCGACCUCUCCCCGGCCGGGAGCCCCUCUACUACGUGGCGUCGGGACCGCGCCGGCCGGGCGGGCCUCAGGAGCCCGGCGCGCGGCGACCGAUCCCUAUCGCUCCAGCGAUGACCCGCGCGAGGCCUCAGCUGCCGGCGGCCGGCGCUGGGACGGACGCGGGUGUCAUGAGGCCUCCUCUGGAAACGGCGCUGCGCACUCUGCCUCGCUCCAACAACCGCGCCGGCCGGCCGGGCCGCAAGAGCCAGGUGGUGGUGCAGCGCAUGCUGCCGCUGGUGCCUCGGAAUCAGGGCGGCGGUGGCAUCUCCAUGGUCAACCUGCGACUGGUGGCCGGACAGACGCAGACUGCUGGCAGUUUCGUGCCCGUCUCCGUGCCUGUACCCGUCUCCUCGGCGGCCACUCCGGGUAUCACCAUCUCAAUGCCCGUACUGGACACCGGAGACACUAGGGCGCCCGCCCCCGCCCCCGCCCCUCCCCCACCGCCUCCUCCGCCCCCGCCCCAACCGGGAGGCGAGGAGCCCGCCGCGCCUCCGGUCCUCCACAUCCCGGAGAGGUCCUCCACUCCGGAGAGCCUGCCGCCGCCUCCGGAGUCGGAGUUUUCGCUGAACGGCGCCUCGUCAGAUGUGCUGAUGGAUGUCACGCUGGCCAACUCCAACUCCAGCUUCUCAGGUUUUCUGGCGUCGUUCGGCCGGGGCGGCGGUGACUCGUCGGUACUCCAGACCCCGACCCGGCCCCUCUGUGAGAACUCGCUGCCGAGGCCGUCCCCGCCGGCCAGUCCACGGGUCUGGAGCGAGAUGGGCGACUUUUCGUUGAGCAGCAUCCUGGGCCACCUGGAGACGAGCAAGCCGCCUUCGAAGGAGUCGCUCUCCGACCCUCUGGCCAUGACGGCAGAGGAGCUGGUGCGACACACCCCCGACAGCUUCGGCUCGCUCGAUCUCGCUGAGGUGGACGAGCCUGCUGCCGCAGCGCCCGCCAGCGGCUCCAGCCAGGGUCUGCCCACCUCCUUCCAGCUGUCCGACCUGAUCCCGGCCGCCUGCGAGGCACCGCUCGCCAGCGGCCAAUCGCCGCCCACCUGACCGGUGAGAGCCAAUCAACGGUCAGGCGACGGAACUGGGAGCCAAUGAAUGGUCAGAUGGCAAUACCGGGAGCCAAUCAGCGGUGAGGCGAUGACCUUGAGGGCCAUCAGCUGUCACAACCGGUCACUGAGAAACUAUCAGAGACCGACUGAGUCUACAAGGCCCUAACGCCGAAGAGUGACAUUUACCAGGUCGCCUGUGAACCAGCUUAUCCCAGAUAUUUGCCUUUCGAAGCGUGCUCGGCAUUUGGCGGUUGUUUGAGGUACCGAACGAGCCAGUAAUUGCUAGCGGGGACUGUGAUGUUUAUUUUGAAUGCCAUCAGCUCGCGUAUGUGUAUGUUUUUAGUCCGAGCUGGUAGAUCGGCAAUGAUCGGAGCUUGGGCUUUUUUUCUUUUUGUAUGAUCUCUAUAAUGGUGGCUUUGUUUUGAGUCAUCAUGACUUCAAAGAAGGCUCGAAAAUAACCCGCUUAACACGUUUGGGCAUUCGGUCUUGGUGUCACAGUGUUUCAUUUUUCAGCCUUUUUGGUGGCAAAUCACACCUAAUGGGGAAAAUAUUUUCAUCUCUAAAAUAUGAAUGACCAACUUUACUUCAUCUCUGAAAAGAGUUUCAUGUAUUCCCAACAGCCAGUUCACUUGUCACUUGACAGUUGAUGCACCCACAUCCUUUUGUUCCACACCCUGUCAAGAUCCUGACAUGAAAUCCUGGUUUAUCAGUUAGCAUAAAAAUUGGCAUUACACCAUUUUGCAAAAAUACUGCAGUUAUUUACUCUCUUUUUUCAUCCUAAGAUUUUUUUCUUCAUCGGCACACCCAACCAAUAUCCAAUUUUAGAACACUGUGGUGUCAACUUGCCAACUGCGGUAAGCUAGAUUUAAAAUCACCUAUGCUGUUUUCCUUCAAGACAAGAUCCUUUUCGCGGCUAUUCUGGUCAUUUUUCAGUUUCAUUUUAGGUUGCUGUGAUCUGGGCAUUGCCAUUUGUCGCCUGGACAGCUUUAAUCACUCCCUUCUUCGGCAUACUGCUAUCCGUUAACGAUUCUGCGUGUGGCGUACAUAAAGUGGCUGAUUGUGCUUUGAGGCAAUGAAGCUCUUCACGCUUGGGCAGGGUCAGCAAGAAGUGCGCUUGAAGGGAUUGUCUUUCACUGCUGCUGUCGCUGAACAGGGCAAGUUUUGUGGGCGAGUUUUAUGUAUUGUGCGGAAUUUUGUGUAAGCUGUGACCUUUUUGAACUUCGUGAAGAGAAUGUUUGCGUUUGAGAGCUGAGUAGGCUCUUACGCAUUUUCGUGAGUCUUGCUAAUGGAGUCGUAUUGUUUUGGCAUUAAAACACGCACAGUGUUCUCAUUUCAUUCAUGCUUAUUCAAGACACACUUUUCGUUGAACGUGGUAGUUAACGUGUCAUCAGAAACUUUUGAAAUGCAGAGCGAAGGCGGGUGAAGAACGGACCCGGCUCUGUCUUAGUACAAAUGUGCGCCGCCAGGCGGCGUUGGCAUCGCUAGCAAUUCUCGGCAGCAAUCGGUGAUCGCUCGAUCAUGAAAAGUACAACUGAACGGCUAGGAGCGGGUGUGUCCAUCGUGCGAGGUGGCUCGCCGCCAUAUUCGGAGCCGCGAAUGUGCGACGUAUUGUACACAUUGCAAUGUUAGUGUUCGAUGAAGAAAAGACAUGCGCACGGAAUUUACCUACCAAUAUACCUUUCAAAGGAG